AUGGCGGAUUUGAUAUCAAAACCUCGAUCAGAAUUAACUGAGGCUGAACUUCAGCAGUUGGAGGCAUAUGAAUUUGAUACAGGUCCUCUUUCAGUGCUUCAGCAGGCUGUGAGAAAUCAUAAUCAAGUCUUGAUUAGUUGCAGAAAUAAUCGUAAGCUUUUGGCUCGGGUGAAAGCGUUUGAUCGUCAUUCCAAUAUGGUUCUUGAGAAUGUAAAAGAGAUGUGGACAGAGACGCCGCGAAACUCUAAAGGAAAAAAGGGAAAACCUGUGAAUAAAGAUAGGUUUAUUAGUAAAAUGUUUCUUCGUGGUGAUAGUGUUAUUCUUGUACUUCGGAAUACAGUAUAA